AUGUACCAGCCUGUCAAUCGCGAAACCUCCGACCAGCCUCCGAUUGAGUCCAAUAAGAGCCACCUGGUGACCAGUCUAGGGGUUGAGAGUAACGAACCUGGCAAGUGGCGCCAUGAGCCUCGAGGCGUCAGAGAAGACGGAUCUCGGCCAAAUCGCCUGAGCUGGUUGAUCAAACUCAACUUGGUUGCUUCGCUGCUCUGCCUCGCAGGGGCUGUUGGAUUUAUCUCUUGGCUCUGGUGGGCUCCUCAUCAUGAUGCCCGCUGGCGAGAGUGGGUGCUUACGCCGAACCGACUACAACUCAGCGUCACACUAGCCGGCGUAGUCAUCAGAACUGCGGUCGGCGUCCUCGCUGGUCUCGCCACGGCCAUGAUUGCUUCAGUCGCUGUCGAACGGCGGGGAGUACGCCUUCACGCCGUUGCCCAAACCUCUGUCGCGCGCUUUUCUAGCGACGGACCUCUCUCCCUCGUCUCCCUGGCUCUUAGAGGCUCAUCGUUCGACGGGGUGGUUCGAUUGGUGAUUAUGUUGCUCGCUGUGACGACUAUCGCAGCGCAAUUCAGCUCUUCGCUUCUCGUUUCUGACUUUGAAGAACGCCGGGUCGUUUCAUUCACUCGUCCUGAGCUGAAUGCUUAUACCUUGAUGAGGCGAGACCACUCGAGGGAGGGGCUUGCAGAGGCCGUGGCGGGCUAUGCAUAUAAUUACUGGUAUCAAAGACCACGAUUUGCGGAGACAUUCGCCGAGUUUAACGAGCCCCCGGCGGAAGGAGAGGGUCUUGAUGACACAGGUCCAUCUGUGAGAGCAUUUCUUCCGGUGGCAUCGCAAGAAGUAAGGGAGUCGCUGCUCGAGUUUCAGGGUAUGGCGAGGGUGAUGGAUUCGCGGGUUAUUUGUAUGCGGCCAGAGUUAACCAACCUCAGCGUGUGCAAGACUGAGGGAUACAACAUCUCUGCCAGUCUCUGCGGCUCCGUAAGACUGGACAGGACUGUGGCCGCAGCCAAGGCAGGUCUAGACUGGUCAGACGACAUGAAUUUCAACUUCAGCUGCCCCAUAACUGGCCUGGGAAAUGACUAUACCUGGCAGAUCUGUGGAGAGCGUUACCUCGAGUGGACAAACUUUGAGUGGUCUCUGUACAACAACAGUAGAACUACCGCUGUGCGUCUCCUCUGGGAUGCAGGAAAAAUCCAGUGGUCGUCAGUAACCCGGAACGCAACGGCUACGGAACUUAAUACCACGACAUCUGGUCCGUGGACGCGGAAGAGUCUACAUAUCAGCAAUCCAGAUUCCAAUGAUGGCUAUUACGCGAAGGAAGCCGACAUCAGUUUUCAAAUGACCAUGUGCGCAUCGUUUUUGGUUUCAAAGGAUUCUAUACAAUAUCUCAACGUCUCUGCCUCCAGCUCCAGCAACCGAACAGAACAAACUUAUAAAUGGAACGUGGCCGAUGAGGUAUACAAUACCAGCGACGUUCGCUUGCAGCUUGGCGCUGUCAAAGAUGCCUCGCACUUAUCCCACGGCGACCGCCAGAUUCUGACCAUAAGCCGUGACAGCCUCGAAGCAAGCACGGCCGAGGCUCGUGAAGGUGUCCAUUGGCAGAAGUAUGACGGAAGCCCGGCUUGGGUGUGGUUCUAUGGCCGCUUGAGAGACUUCAAACGGACGUCUCCCAAGUCUAUUGUCUUUUGCCCUGACUGCACGUCGCAGGAGUGGACGGACGCCGGGACCGCAGAGGUCAUAUAUACGAGGCUGUUUGAAGAUACCAUUGCUGAUACUGGGUCUCCUGCACGCGCGUUGCAAGUUGUGGACUUCACGCGUACCCGUGCCGUUUACUACGAUUUUAUGAGUAUCUAUUCGCCCAAUCUGGACGCCCCUGGAGCCGAUACGGCUGGGUUUGUCAUGUAUCAGCCGACACUGAUCCCGUGGCGUUUCCGGGGCUACGCAAUCUUGAUGAGCACCCUUCUUGUCUUCCUUGUCGCGUUUACGGCGGCUGCUGUCCUCUUCCGUCCGACGCAGUUUAGCUUUCCCGAGAACGCGUGGCACACGGUUGCUCAGAUAUCAAAGAGCCCAGAGCUUAGCAGCUUGCUGCGGGAAUCGGCGAUGGCGACCGACGACGAAGUCGAGCGUGAUAUUGCACGUAACAAAGUUGAGCGACGUCCCAAAGCUGGACUUGCGUCCCUUUUUAACCUGGAUUCUCAGAGCGGGACUCCACGCUUCGUGGUUCGGGACGGGGUCUUUGUGCGUGCCUCGGGGCUAGAUUCGGGUAUGGAGAUGGAGGCUGGCCAGUCUAGAUCUCGCUUGACAAGGCCAGGUCCCGGUUAUGAGUAG